UUAUAAUGACAAAUUUUUGUCCUUCAAUUUAUUUUACCAGCAAGUCAAAAUUCUGACUAUCCCGUGAAUUCGAUCAACAAAAUAAAUUAACUCAAACCCUUCAAAAUUACAAAACAAAAUCCUGAAAAUCUCAACUUCCAAUCUUUCAGUUUCUAAAUUUAUUGUCUUCCCCGUUUUCUUUAUGAAAUUAAAGCUCUCAGAAAAUGCAUUCUCUUGAAAGCAUCACAGAAUCCCCAUUUCCUCAAAACCCUAACAAUUCAUCAUCAUCAUCAUCUUCUUCUUUUUCGAAUGGGUUGUAUGGAUGGCUCGUUGAAUGUCAUGGAUUUUGGCAUAACUUAGCACUUAUUAUCCCUUCUCUCCUCUUUGUUCUGUUUCUGGGUUUUCAAGCUAAAAAAAACUUUCAAAAGCUCUCUCAUGGAAGGUCUUAUAUCAUGAUUUCUUAUUACGGUUGCCUUUGGCUCGUUAGCUUGCUCAACCUUGUUUGGUGUUUCGUUCAGGCCUGGGAAUGCACUCCUGGAAAGGAAAUGGCAUGGAAUAUCUUAUCAUUGUUCACAACUUCUGGGAUGCUAUUCCUGGAAGUUAGCUUGUUGGCAUUUCUACUGCAAGGAAAUCAUGCUAGUGGGUUGCAAGCUUUGACACGGACAUUUGUUAUUUCAGGGCUUAUUGUUGGUUUGGACUUACUUCUCAAGGCUAUUUACCUAUUUGGAUUCAGUGUGCCCUUGUUCAUUGACAACUCCGAACAUCCACGUCAGAUAAAAUGGGGCUUGUGGGUUGUUCACAGGCUAGUGCUGACUGCUAUUUAUGGCUCCAUACUGUUUAUGUACCAUUCCAAGUGGAGAGAAAGGUUACCUGCAAGACCUGCAUUCUACAAAUAUGUUGCCUUCAUGUUCGUCUUGAAUGCACUAGAACUGUUUGCUUGUGCACUAACUGGAAAUGGAGCUAGCUUUGGGUUUUGGUUGUACAGCGCCACAAUCGUUUGCUACCAUGCCUUUUACCUUCCUCUUCUGUAUAUUACUUUUCUAGCAGAUUUUUUUGAGGAGGAAGACAUGCAUUUAGAGAAUGUGUACUACUCAGAGAUGAAAGAUGCUGGUUUCUUUGAUGCUGACUGGGAGUAAGCAUGGAAUGAACUUUGAAUUAGUAGCUUCUCUAUACAUAAAGCUCUGUAAAUAAAAAGUGCAGUUCAGAUUGUAAAAUAUCUUCUCAAACGGAUGAUGGAUCUAUGUCUGAAUAUACCGAUAUUGCUGUGGGAACAAAUACAAUAAUGUAGAAUGCGCUUUACCUAGAGCUUCUUCCUAAAGAUCAGUUAGUCCUUGAUUUUUUCUUCAGUAUGUACUAUGUGUUAUCAAGUAGAUUUGGAGUUUGAAUAUCUACAUCUAAAUUAUUUUCAUUUCCAAGCAGAGAUCUUUUCUGUUCAAUUUUCUUGUAACAAAAUAAUUAGUAUCAUUGUGUUUGUUAUUGUAGAAUUCCAAGAGCCUUGUACUGAUAGAA